CGAGAAAUUAACCUCAAUUAUGUGACGUUCGACGGGUUUGCGCGAUAAAACCUGUUGAUUCGCGAAAUAUAAAAGGACCCUCGUACUAAAUUAUCAGUUAUACCGCGAAAUACCGCUGUUCGGUCAGUUAUGUUUAAAUUACUGUUAACCUUGUGUUUUAUAGCGGUUAUUGAUGUCAGUUUUGAAUGUACUAAUACGGUGUACCCCUUUGAGAAGUACUUAGCGACCAAAACGCCUUAUCGAGUUGUGGCAAAUAAUACUUUUGGAAAACUAGAGUAUGAAGGCUGUAAAGCAAUUAAAUCAUGGAUGAUUGUACGACAUGGUACUAGAAACCCAAGUGAUGGUUUUGUUUUACAAUAUAACACGCGUUUGCCUGAUAUAUUAAACCUAAUAGUUACAAAUUACGGUCAUGGGGUGUCGGAAAAUAUUGAAAAAAUAUCCCCCAAAGAUAUAGAUUUACUUAAGAAGUGGCGUAGCAAAGUGGGACAAGAAGAUGCUAAAAAAUUAAGAGAAGAGGGCGAGGACGAGAUGAUUUUAAUAUCGGAAAGAAUGCAGACAAGAUUUCCUGAGGUUUUUCCCAAUGUAUACAGCAACACUUCCUAUAAGUUCAAGUAUACGCACACACAAAGAACAAAAAAAAGUGCACAGUAUUUUGCCACUGGAUUGUUUGGAAAAAAAACUGCCAAAGAUGUCUGGUUCCCCCUACCUUUAAAAAGAGACCCAAUAUUAAGAUUUUAUAAGUUGUGCUCAAAAUGGCGCAACACCAUUAAAAAACAGCCAAUCAUGGAAUUGGAAUUAUUCAAAAAAAGCUCACAUUUCCUUGAACUAGUGGACAACGUUAACAAAAAAAUUGGCGCUGAGAAUGUUUUGAACGCAGAGGAUGUUCUUUUAAUGUACUUUGCAUGCGCCUUUGAAACUGCCUGGAAUAAAGUACUAAAAUCGCCAUGGUGUUCCGUAUUUACUAUUGAUGAUUUGAAGGUUUUAGAAUACCAUGAAGAUCUAAAAUAUUACUGGAUAGAUGGAUAUGGGCAUCAAUUAACAUACCAACAAGCUUGCCCAGCUAUAGUGGACAUGGUAGAACACUUUGACAACAAAGAAAAAUACCCAUUAUCUGUCCUAUAUUUUACACAUUCAGGGACAUUACUGAAAAUGUUAGCCCAUUUGGGUUUAUACAAGGAUGAAAAAAUCUUGAUAGCAAAUGAUUAUGAAAAAAAUGGCAACAGGGAAUGGAAAGUCAGCCACAUAGACGCAUUUGCAACCAAUUUGGCAUUUAUACUACAUAAGUGUGGUGAUGAAGAAAAAGUACUAACCCUUCACCAGGAAAACGUUGUUAGGCUUCCAAGCUGCCCAGAUUCAGACCUAUGUGAUUUACAGAAAUUCAAGGAGUUUUACACUGAUAGUGUUGACCACUGUGAUUUUAAUUCAAUGUGUGAUACUGUUUAAACAAAUAAUAUUAUAUUUUUUGAUAAAUUUUAAUAUAUUUUUU